GCUUGAAUUGCUUAGCUUUCAAAAGAUUAAUUUCUUUCACGAGUGUAUUAAUUAAAAGGUGUUCUCAAAAUAAUUACCAAUUAAUAAUUAAUCAUGUCACACUUCGAUCCCUACGAGCACCUAAAGGUGAUCCUCAACAAAGACGGAACCCUCACCCGCCUCCUCAACCUCCCGACAACUCCGGCGACCGGUGAGUCUGCUUCCGGCCACGCCGUCCUCAGCAAGGACGUCACCCUAUCGGAGGAGAAGAAAACUUGGAUGAGAAUAUACCGGCCGCGGGCCGAGGGCAACGAAAAGCUGCCCAUCAUAAUAUACUUUCGGAACGGCAGUUGGAUCACGUUCAACGUGGCGAACUCCAUCGUCCACGAGGGCUGCAACAAGGUCUCCGCCCAGGUCCCGUCCAUCGUCGUCGCCGUCGACUACCGUAAUGCCCCGGAGCAUCGCCUCCCGUCGCAGUACGAGGACGCAAUCGACGCCGUCAAAUGGGUCAACGAACAAUCCACGAACCGCGACGGCGGAGACGAGUGGCUCCGCCGUUACGGCGACUUCUCGCGGUGCUACCUCUACGGGUCCAGCUGCGGGGCGAAUAUCGCAUACAACGCGGCGUUGAGGUGCCUCGAUCUCGACCUGGAAGGCGUAACCCUAGCCGGGGUGAUACUAAACCAACCCUUGUUCGGCGGGAAGAAGCGGACGCGGUCGGAGCUGAAGAUGGCGGCGGACCCGUACUUCCCGUUGCCGGUGAUCGACGUGCUGUGGGAGCUGGCGCUUCCACCGGGAUCGGACCGGGACCAUAGGUUCUGCAACCCGAUGGUGGACCAGGAGAGCAUGGCGAAGCUGCGGCGGGUGGGGAGGUUUCUGGUGAUCGGAUUCGGAGGGGACACUUUGAUUGACCGGCAACAAGAGUUUGUGCAGAUGUUGGUGAUGAAUGGUGCGAAGGUGGAGGCUCGGUUUGACGAUGUUGGGUUUCAUGGUAUUGAAAUGAUUGACCCUAGAAGGGCUGCUGCCAUUGUCACUUUCAUUAAAGAAUUUGUUUGAUUUUAUUUGUUUCUCCGUUUACUUUAGUUGAUUGAUUUACAUACGCAGUAUAUGCUUUUGUAUUUGAGUGAAUGACCUAUCUAGGACUAAAACAAGUUUGGUGUGCACAAACGGGACCAAAAAACGAGUCUAUGUUUCAUAGGACUUAAAAAUAC